CGUUCUCUCUUAUAUAUCUCUCUCCAUCUCUCCCUAUUUCUAUCCCCAUUUCUUACCCUUGGUUUUAUGUUGCAACUUUUUCCUUAUUCUUUUAAUCAUCUCUUUCAGUUAUAUAUAAAUCUCUCUUUAUAGAAUCAAAAGGCCCUCAUCAGGCAGCAUAAAUCUAGCAGCUGCCCUCUCUGUCAUGGAGAAGUCUUGCAAUUCAUCGUUGAUCAAAGCUGUUACUUCAAAAGAAACCACAUACUCAUGCACAGAGGAGGAGAGUGGUUGGACUGCUUACUUUGAAGACUUCUCGAACAACAAUAAUAAAAGAAAAGAAGAAGAAGAAAAACAGGGAGGAGGAGCGCAAAGUUUUGGCUACACCUCUUCUUUGGUUUCUGAUGCUGCUUCUGGUGCUGCAUGGAAAUUAGCUUCCCACAACAAUCAAAGCAAUGAAGGCUCUAUUGGGGUCCCACCCAAUAAUUUUCCCAGGAAAUUAAGCUUCAAGAAAACAAGAACCAAAAAGAUUUCUGGUGAUGAUUUGGAGGACACUGCUAGUUCUCCUGUUAAUAGUCCCAAGAUUGGUGAUUUGAGACCAGUUGAUAUAAAUCCCAGAAAGAUAGACGAUCAUCAUAUGAAUAUGAAUUCUUUGGGUAAUGAGGGGACUAGUGUAGAACAUUUUGCAGAGAUAGAACAGGCCCAUGAUGAAAAAAGUAGUGAUUGUACGGACUUAAAGAACAAAGGGUUGUGCUUGGUUCCCAUGUCCUGGUUGGUGAACUAUAUUGGUUAAUUUCACGCUUUGCAAUGAAGAAUCUCAUCUCUACCUCUCUGCUAGUUGAUGCUUCUUCCGUAACUUACUGUAUAAAGGAAAUAUCUGUCCAUUAGUGUGUGUAUAGUUCUUGUAAGAUUUGUGAUCAUUCUCUCUCUCUCUCUCUC